AUGAAAAACUACCCACUAUCCGUAAAGGUACAAUGUACAUCUCAAAAUCCGCAAUUCCACCAUUCGGGAAACGCCAUAGAAUGUAAAGGCUCGCAAUAUUCCUUUUCUUCCAUUCAGACUAGUUCUCUCUCCGAGUCGGUGUUUGCUAAGCUCCUUUCAACGUCGUCUACAUUGAUCUUGGUGGGUGAGUCCUCUUCUGCUGCCCAGACAUUCCAUGAAAUACUCAAUUCGAGUUGCUCAAUUGGAAAUUGCACUAUUUCAGUUGCCAACUUGUCCAAGAAUAGAAGUUUCGUAGAUGUCUUGAAUUCGUCUCGGGGUAAACGUUUUCUCAAACAAUUGCCAUUGGGCAGGCUACUCAAAAAAGUGAGAAUGAACAAUGCAGUUGCAUCUCUAAUAGUAGAUAGCUGUUCAAAACAAGACAUCAUCUCGAAAGAUCUGUCCAGAUUGAGGUCAGUGACAAUUGCCUCAAUUUUCCAUGAAGGAAACACGCUUACGGUGAUCGACAUUGCUGGAACUGACAAACUCAAUAGCUUCUGUAAAUUGAAUGAUGGCACAUCUGCAUCAUUAAUUAAUCAAGGACUCUUGGCCGGGUUUGUUUUCGAUCUUGUCCCAAUGGACAACGCGAAGUACAUUUUACAUCUUCAUCAAGGAGGUGAUGCAGAGGAGAUUUCUGCAUUGUUGAACAUGUUUGGAUCAUAUCAAAAAGCCAAAGACUUGGCAGCUUUGUCUGAUGCUGGCCGAUCUAGUAGCCCUUCCGUUUCAGAAACUCCAAGUUAUGCCAGACCAACAAAGUCAUCUGUAACACCCAAGGCCAGACAUCCUUCUUUUCAAAUUUCAAAACCUCGAGUGUCUGUUUCUUCUGUAAAGCCAAUGAAAAAAUUGACUUCGGCCAAGUCCAAAUUCCUUGUUGACAGAUAUUCUUCAACGGUCAAGGAAAGAGAGUCUCACAAAGCACUUGAAGACAUGAAGAGGCAACAGCAUGCUACUAUGUUAGAAUUAAAACAAGAAAUCACAAACUUAAAGUCUGCUUCCUCGGCUAUCUUGAGCCAACUCUCAACUGCAAGGGGUACAAUCACAGACUUGCAACAGAUCCACGAGAGGACUGUGCUGCAGCAUCAAGCUGAGCUUUUGGAAGCCACUCGUGAACUUGAAUCCGUACAGCAUGAAAAUUCUAAUCUAAAGAGUUCACUCCUGGCGAAUGAAAAAGCUGCUCAAGAAUUGAAGUCUAGAAUUCAAGAAUUGCAAAGGUCAAAUGAGGACAGCCUCAAAUCUGUUGAAACAACCACACAAAAACUUCUGGAGUACAAACAAAUGGCUGAGGAUCUUAACGCUAACAAGUUGAAAUUGUCGGAGCAAAUUGAGAUUCUUCGGAGACUGGAGUCAAGCCUUCGCGACGAGCAGAAAGUUUUAAGUGAAAAUCUACACAAUGUCCAAUCUAGAUCUCAUGAUAAUGCUCAUAGUCUUGGUGAGCAUAUCAAGGAACUUUCAUCCAAAGUCAAAGAAUUUGAGGCUGGAAAAGCAAAUCAACUUGAUCUCCAAAGGAGAAUGGAACUUGAAAUCGCGGCCUUGAAACUGACAGCAGCUGAAGAUCGCCAGACUAUCGAAAGUCUCAGAACACACCUGACUAGAGCAAAUGAGCUAGAGACCACGAUUUCGCAACUCCAAAAAGAGUUGCAAGAGUCAAGAAAUCUGUUCAACACUGGAGGAAUUUCUUCCGCCAACCCGAUUCAAUCGAUGAAUGCUCAUGAGGAUGUUGCAAAGAUUUUUGGCUACUCCGAUAAUGAUCUCGGUAAUUUGUCCACAACGUUCUCUCCCAUUACUGGCUUUGAUGCGCUUUCACAGAUCGAUUUUUCGAAUUCAUACAAAAAGCCGCUUCUAGGAGUUGCAUCAAGUCCAAAUCGUGUUCUUAGACAGUCUAACAUCCGAUUUAAUGCUCCGCCCAUUGGCAAAUUAGCCAGUUCUCCAGUGAGGAAGGAUGGACGGUCAAUUGAGAACAUUGAGAACAUUGAGAAUCAGUGA